AUGCCAGAAACGAAGUACUUCUCCAAGGACAUCACCCUCUCCACCCACUCCGUCCCUCCCAACACCACUUUCCCAGCAAAACUCGCCUACUGGACUCUAGGCUCGCCCUUAUCUCCGGCAAUCCUCCUACCAACCUGCUACGGCGGCACCCUCGCCAGUACCUCUCCCUUCCUCUACGCCGAUGAUGGCCCACUUCCACCUUCAAAGUACUUCCUCAUCGUCGUGGCACUCCUCGGCGGUGGCGAGUCUUCUUCGCCUUCGAACACUCCAGCGCCCUAUAACGGCCCUGAGUUUCCCAAGACAACUUAUGAAGACAACAUUUGUCUCCAGUAUGCUCUCUGCCAAGAACUUGGGAUCAAGCGCUUGCACGCAUACAUCGGCUUCUCAAUGGGUGGACAGCAAGCCUACCACAUGAGCACCCUGUACCCCGACUUUGUGGAAAACAUGGUCUGCAUGGCUGGUAGCGCACGUACAAGUUGGCAUAACUGGUGUUUCCUCGAAGGUCCGAAACAAGCGCUUAUCAACUCCGUCGACUUCCACGAUGGUCACUACACCGACACUGCCGUUCGAGGGACAAAAGCGUUCUUCAGGGUGUACUCAACAUGGGCUCUAAGCCCUGAGUGGUUUCGCCAAAAGUCGUGGGAAGCGUCCGGCUUCGACAAUCUGGAAGCAUACCUCGGUGCACGCUGGAGUGGACCAGCUGAUGCCAACGACCUGCUCGCGCUACUCUGGACGUGGCAGCAGGGUGAUAUUGGAGUGUAUCAUCCUGAUGAUGGGGGAGAUUUGACGAAGACGUUGGCGAGGAUUAAGGCGAGGUGUUUGAUUAUGCCGAGUCGCACGGAUCAGUAUUUUCCGGCUGAGGAUAAUGCGGAAGAAGUGAAGCAUCUGAACGAUGGCGUUUGUAGACCAAUUGAGACCAUCUGGGGCCAUAUCGCUGGUGGUGGGGGUGGAACGAAGGAGGAUACGGAGUUCAUGAAGAGUGAGAUUGCAAAGUUCUUGCAAGUAUCGUGA